CGGCCCCGCCGCCGCGGCCACACCGGGAAGGGCUCCAGGCGCUAUGGCGGCGGCUGCGCGCAAGGUUGGAGGAAACUUCCCGCAGCUGGUGGCCGCCUGAGCGGUAGAGCGACCGAGCGGGAGCGCUCGGGCCCGGCCGCCAGGCCUCUCCCGCCGCCGGGGCAGCGGAGCCGCGCUAGGCGGGCGGAGAGCGCGGGGGUGCGCAGCGGGCCCGCCUCAUGCGCAGCCACCUGCGGAGGGGCUGAGCGGAGCCGCCGCCGCCGCGCCCCGCGCCGGGGGAUCCUGGCGGGCACUUCCCGGGGCAGCCCCCGCUGGCCGCCCCUGCAGAGCCGCCGUCGAGGGACGCACACUGAGCCCGCUGCCGGCCAGAGCCGUCGCCGGGGAGCGACCUGUCAGGGCACCUCGCAGGCCGGCCCCAGGAGCCCUUCCCACGCGUUAGUUUGUCCCCGAGAGAAGGCGAGUUGGGAGCCUCUCCAUGCCUUAUCAAGUUCCUUAUCUGAGCGGCUCCCAGAAGCUGUAGAUCAGUUCAGCUUUAUCUAGUGUAGGGGAAAAAAACAGCGUAGCUCUCGCGCUCCGUUGUAAAUCGAGGACUACCUAUUCUGCUGGGGUUUAACACACGAAGAUGGUGAAAUGCGGAUUGCUGGGUGAACCAAUAGGUCCCUGUUGUGGAGCCAGGGCUUUGUAUUCACCUUCCAGUUCUUGAUCUGUGCCGUGUGUGAGAGGACGCUGAUCUUCCUUCUUCAUCCCCCUUCCCUAAACCUUUCCUUGCUUCCAUGUUGCAUUGGUCAGACUUUUGGUCAGUGUUGUUUACGGAAGGGGGGGGGAGAAGGCAGUUGAGGUUACAAACAAAAGUACUUGUAUGACUCAUCUACUUGGAUUUAAAACGUAUCCUUCUUUCACGGGGCCUUUGCUUCUCUCUGAAGGAAUCAGAUGCUUAUUGCUAUUCUUCCAGAGGAGGAUGAAUUGAAAGUUGUACGUUUUAGACUUAUUUUGGGCCACUGCUGAUAUUAUUAAAAGACAUAAUGGGAUUUUUUCACUGGAUUAUUGCCAGAAUUAGUUUACACACUGAAACAAUGAGCUGUUAGGCCUCCCGUACGAUAAUAUUUGCCCUGCUUUAAAUUGCUGUGGAGGUAUUUUAAAAAUUGUGGAGGACAGUCUACAUCGGAAGAGGCUCUCUUCGUCUCUGGUUGUGUGGCAACCACAAUCUGUCCUCGAUGCCUUCAGCCUUGGCCAUCUUCACUUGCCGCCCGAACUCCCACCCGUUUCAGGAGCGUCAUGUCUACCUGGACGAGCCUGUCAAGAUCGGCCGCUCCGUGGCUCGCUGCCGGCCAGCCCAGAACAACGCCACGUUUGACUGCAAGGUGCUGUCCAGGAACCAUGCUCUUGUCUGGUUUGAUCACAAGACAGGCAAGUUCUAUCUUCAAGACACUAAAAGUAGUAAUGGUACCUUCAUUAAUAGUCAGAGACUGAGUAGAGGAUCUGAGGAAAGCCCACCAUGUGAAAUUAUGUCAGGUGACAUCAUCCAGUUUGGUGUAGAUGUGACGGAGAACACGCGGAAAGGUAAGGUUACCCAUGGAUGUAUAGUCUCCACAAUCAAACUGUUCCUUCCAGAUGGAAUGGAAGCUCGAUUGCGAUCAGAUGUUAUCCAUGCUCCAUUACCAAGUCCUGUUGACAAGGUUGCUGCUAACACUCCCAGUAUGUAUUCUCAGGAAUUGUUUCAGCUUUCACAGUAUCUACAAGAAGCCUUACAUCGGGAACAAAUGUUGGAACAGAAGCUGGCAACCCUUCAGCGACUACUUGCUGUCACACAAGAGGCUUCAGAUACUAGUUGGCAGGCUUUAAUAGAUGAAGACAGGCUGCUAUCAAGACUAGAGGUUAUGGGAAAUCAAUUGCAGGCUUGUUCAAAGAAUCAAACAGAAGACAGUAUACGAAAAGAGCUUAUAGCAUUACAGGAAGACAAACACAACUAUGAGACAACAGCCAAAGAGUCCCUGAGGCGGGUCCUUCAGGAGAAAAUUGAAGUGGUCAGAAAAUUGUCUGAAGUGGAGCGGAGUUUAAGUAAUACAGAAGAUGAAUGUACACAUCUGAAAGAAAUGAAUGAGCGGACUCAGGAAGAAUUAAGGGAAUUAGCUAAUAAGUACAAUGGAGCUGUAAAUGAAAUUAAAGAUCUUUCUGACAAGCUAAAGGUAGCAGAAGGAAGACAAGAAGAAAUCCAACAAAAAGGACUGGCUGAAAAAAAGGAAUUGCAGCAUAAAAUAGAUGAAAUGGAAGAAAGAGAGCAAGAGCUUCAGGCAAAAAUAGAAGCUUUGCAGGCUGAUAAUGACUUCACCAAUGAGCGGCUGACUGCUUUGCAAGUACGGUUAGAACACCUUCAGGAGAAAACUCUUAAAGAACACAACAGCUUAGGCAUACAAGUUGAUGACUUCAUACCUAAAAUUAAUGGGAGCACAGAGAAAGAGCACUUUCUUUCAAAGAGUGGAGGGGACUGCACUUUUAUUCAUCAGUUCAUAGAAUGUCAGAACAAGAUCAUAGAUGAAGGACAUCUAACCAAAGUGGAAGAAACAAAGCUUUUGAAAGAGAACCAAGCACGAAUCAAAGAAUCGAAUGAUUUGUCUGACACCCUUAGCCCAAGCAAGGAAAAAAGCAGUGACGACACUACAGAUGCUCAAAUGGAUGACCAAGAUCUAAAUGAACCUAUUGUCAAAGUAGCUCUUCUAAAAGAUGAAUUGCAGGGUGCACAAUCAGAGACUGGGGCUAAGCAAGAAAUUCAGCAACUGCACAAGGAGCUGAUUGAAGCCCAAGAGCUAGCUAGGACAAAUAAACAAAAAUGCUUUGAACUUCAAGCUCUUUUGGAAGAAGAGAGAAAAGCAUAUCGAGUGCAAGUUGAAGAAUCCAACAAGCAAAUAAAUGCUCUGCAAGCUCAGUUGCGAAGGUUACAAGAAGAAAUUGAGACUCUUCGCAAGGAAAAGGAGAAUGAAAUUUCAAGCACUCGAAAUGAACUAGUCAGUGCUCAAAAUGAGAUUCUGUCACUUCAAAAAGUAGCAGAAAAAGCAGCAUCAGAACGGGACACAGAUAUUUCUGCAUUGCAAACUGAGCUGCAGACGGUGCGAGCGGAGCUUGAGCGGUGGAGGAAAGAUGCCUCAGAUUAUGAAAAAGAAGUUGUUAAUCUGCAAGCCAGUUUUCAGCUCAAAUGCCAGCAGUGUGAGCAGCAGCAGCAGGAGGAGGCCUCUCGCCUAAAAGCUGAACUUGAAAAGUUGAAGGCAGAGUGGAUUGCUCUGGAAGCUGAAUGUGUUAAACUGAGGAAGGAAAAUAUUUCACUUACAUCUGAACUUCAGCGACAAGAGAAGGAGCUUUCUAGCUCUCAGAAACAGAGUUUAGCAUUAACCAGCGAUUUAAGUGUUCUUGAAAUGUCUCGAAAAGAGCUUGAAAAUCAGAUGGGAUCUUUGAGAGAAAAACAUCAGCGGGAUGCAGCCAGUCUAAAAACACAACUCAGUGAAGCUGAGAGUCAAGCAAAAGAUUUUCAGAAAGAGUAUGAAAGAACACAGACUGUGCUCUGCGAGCUGAAGGCCAAGUAUGAGGUGGCUGAACAGCAAAACCAGUCACUCACUGAAGAGCUCAAACAAUGUAAAGAAAACCUGAAGCUGCUGCAAGAAAAAGGAAACAAUAGACAAUGGCCUUGGAUGCCUGUGAUGGCAGCUUUGGUUGCUGUAACAGCCGUGGUGCUGUACCCAGGCCUAACCAGAGCUUCUCCAUGAGAACUGUUGUUGAAUCCAUACACCGUCCUCCCUUUAGAAGCUGGCAACAUUCAUAUACUGAGGGAAAACAGAUUAAUUAUCUUCCUUUUUACCUCUUAAUACAGCACAGCUCUGCGUGAGAACAGCAGUAGGGUCAUUUGCUUUAAAUUGUAUAAAAUGUAUCUGUCUAUAAAGAGGGAAUAAAAUUGUGAUUCAUCAUAUUGUGAGCAAUAUUUUUGCUUACAACUUCAUGCAAGUUUUAAAUUAGUGUGUUGGGAUUCUGAAUACUAUAAUGGUGGCCGAAAGCAGGCUUCUUGGUACCAAAUUAUUUAUAAUGGCUAGGGUUGUGGACACUGACUUUGGAAUCUGAUUGCUAGACUUAAGAGGAAAAUACUGAUUUGGACAUCCAAGCCAAGUAACCUUGCAGAUACUUGGGAAACAGAUGCAGUGUGCUCAGUGCCUUUCAGUAUGAUCUAUUUUUUUUUUUUUUUUAAACUAGUGUAUCGUUUUACUUGCUGUUAGUCACUGAGCUGUUGGGAACAAGGCUUAAGAAAACUUCUCUUACCACGCCUUUCGAAGGAAGCAUAUUUUUCUUUCAUAAGGAUUGCUUUAUUAAUGGGUUUUGGGAAUAAAUACAAUUUAUGUCCAGCCUUAAAGAGAUAGAGAUACUGAUGGUGAAGACCAGCCUGAAGUAUUUAGUGUGCGCGUGUGCGAGUGCAAGCAUGUGUGUGUUCUUGAGUGAACUAAGGUGUUUCUGGGAGCAAGUACUUGGUCAUUUGAUGGACAUAGUGCAUUGAUUCAACCUACGUUAACUUUAGUUUGAAUGUAAUUUAUUAAAUUUCAUAUAUUUAAAGAGGUAUGUUCUUUAAAAGUAUGAAUACCUUCUCACAUAUCACAUGUAUCAGUUUAUUUUUUCAGUCAUUUGAUCCUUUCUGACUUGAGCUGGAGAAGCUCUUUAGAAUAAGCUUUUGUGGACGUAACUUUAUUAAGAGAACUGUUACAGUACGUCUGUGAUCAGCUGAGAAAAAUCUAGAUACAUAAAAUACUGCGAGAUUGGAAUCAUACCUGAUGAAGUAUUGUCAGGUGAAGAUUUUAAUUUGGUAGGAAAAUUUUGUGGCUCAUUAUCACAUGGCUGUAAGUAUGAUGCAGUGGUCCCCAUUAAAAAGUUUAUUUUCCUUAUCUAAGUACUAUAACUAUUGCUAUUUGCUGACUUUUGGUGGGAAUCACUGUAGUUAGUGCUGAAUUAAAUGUAGACAGUAGUUGUCUUGUUCAGCUCAACACUUCUGUCAAAAACGUUUAUUAAAGACUUAAAUAAUAUGUUAAAGAAUGGUAAAGUGAAAUGGCUCUGCUACAGGAAACUUCAAAAGAGGGAGGUAAUCUCAGCAAUUCAAUUGGCUUUAAAGAAUAUUAUGGCAAUCAACAGAUAGUUUAAAUAUUUAAAUAGAAAUUUAGUAUAUAAUUUACUUUGUGAGGUUUUAAGGGUCAUUGUCCUUUAAUUAAAGGUUCUAUCUUACAUUACAUGGGAUUUGCUAAUGGGAGGAUUAUUAGUUGGAGAAAAUAGUCCACAAGCGACUUGUAGAAAAUAACAAUUGUCAUUUAGUUCAUUCAUUUCAUCCUUUUCAUCCUUUUCAGUUGCAGGAAGCCACCCAACCACAGAACACUCGUAUGCCAGUGGUACUUAGUACCUCUUGUAUAUAGGUUAUUGCAAAUAUUGUUCUGAAAUGCUUAACUUCAGAAUUACAUUUUUUUAAGUAAUUAAUUGUUUUAAAUCUAUUUUGUAAAGAUAUAAAAAUACAAUAGAAUUUCUGGAGUACAGAUUAAACUAUUUGCACUAACACACGUGAUGUGCAUGAUUUAAUAAAAUAACUUUACUCUCCCUAUGCAUGUUUGAGUUGAAUGUCAUUUGAAAACAAGAGAUUCAUGCUAAGUUUCUUUUGCACUAGAUAUUGCCACAGUUACUAGGCACGAUGUCUGCAGCAUGUCCAGUAAGAGCAAAAGACUUCUUUUUACCUUUUAUUUCACGUUUGUGCUAGUUUUAAGUUUUUGGUCUAGCUGAUCCCUCAGUCUCUGGUUUUCAGAAGGAAGUGAGGUAGGAGGGAGUCAUGGAAGGCUUGGGAGUGUAUUGCCAUGGAGGAGGAGAAGGUGUUGGAGCUGCAGGGUGGGUGUGUCCAUGGCAGGGGUGGUGAGGAGGAGCUGUGGCUGCAGACCCCGGGCGGUACAGCAAAGCCCUGCUGGGGGAAGAGAUCCUCGUGCUGCCUCCCCACCUCUUCAGCAUCUCCAACUCCCUGUUUGUCCCUCUUUCAGCUGCUGUUUCCUUUGCAGUGGAUUCCCUUCCCUCCUCCCUGCUGGUAGCCCGUGGAGGUGGUGUGAGGAGAUGGAGCCUGGUGGAGCCAGGGGUCCUGCUGGCAGCAGGGAAGGGGGCAGGUUCCCUGGGGGCAGCUGGGGGAGCCUGCACCACACCAGUUCUGCCUGGGGCUUAAUUUUGCCAUUGUAAUAAGAAAAAAUUCUGUUUUCAGAAAUCUUUAGAGCAUCAGAGAGCUGCAGUUUGAGGCCCAACAUGGUUGUAUUAAAAGAGAAAUAUUGCAUUAUGUGCAUGGAUGCAUAUUUAUAUACACAGGUGCAUAGUACACAUUGCAUGGGGGUUUGUGCUUCCAAGUAUGUACUUGUACACUACAGGUAUGUGGUUCCUUAAUACAGUGCCUUUUCCAGGAAUUCUUGACAUAUGCAUGUUCAAAAUGAUGAGGAAUGAGCUAAAAUGCACAGUUCACUCUUCUGUUGUGAGAAUCCCUGGAGAAGGGUUGGGUAACUGGGAAGCUGCUGUUCUUCAGUACUUUGAUACUAAAACACCACGUGGAGUUAUUUUGCAAGGACUCCUUGCACAAGCCUUUCUGGGGUUUUAUUGCUUUUUUUUUUUUUUAAUGGUAAAUGUGUGUGCUCUUUUACAUGCAUGUUUAGGUUCUUUCUUUUGUGAGGCUUGAUUAGUUAAGCCUUGGAGUUGCUAUACCAAGCAGCUUUUCACACGUGUGAGAUGCUCCACUUGUAAAAAAAGUGCUCUGAGCUUGCACUGACAUUUGAGGUUUUAAAAAGGUUCCUCAUAGUAGCAAAGUUAGUCAGAGAGUUGUUUUAUCAGUUGCUAGUUCAAUUUGGAAGAUUUAGUAUAAAUCUUAGAAUAAUUGAACACUUCUUCAGAUUUGUUCUGGUGUCUUGAGUGAGGCACCUUUUUUUAAAUUCUAAAAGAAUUUACCUACAUGGGGACUAAAAUAGCAGGCCUUUUAUUUAAAAAUAUAAAUAUGUGAAAAAUACAGUGUGAUUUUCCUGUUCCUUGUAGCUGAAUUAAAUGUGUUCUUCCAGA